UUGACCGGGACUUCCGGUUCUGGUGACGCUUUCCUAGAUCUGUGGACAACUUGAUACACCUUGCAGGAGGAUCAGAGAGCGAUGGACUCAGACGUUCAGGAAGAAAUCCCUGUGCGUGAGGAAUUCUUUUUCUGUGGUGGAGUUGAAACCCAGAUUAUAAAAUGUGGGCCCUGGACUAACCUCUUUGAUGAACAGAGUGUCACCAGGCCGAAACUGCUUGUCUUCGUUAUUCCAGGUAACCCAGGCUUUUCCCCCUUUUACCUGCCAUUUGCGAAGAGCUUGUACUCUCUGACGAAAGGCCGCUUGCCGGUGUGGAUGAUCUCUCAUGCUGGGUUUGCCUUGGCUCCCAAAGAUAAGAAGAUUCUAGCAGCACCAGAGGAGCCAAAUGCUCAAGAAAUUGAGGACAUCUAUGGUCUGAAUGGUCAAAUACAGCACAAAAUAGCUUUUCUGAGAGCUCACGUGCCCAAGGAUGUGAAGCUGAUCCUCAUUGGCCACUCCAUAGGCAGCUAUAUUGUUCUUCGGGUCAUGAAGGAUGCCCCUGAGUUGCCCGUCAUCCACUCCUUUCUGCUGUUUCCCACUAUUGAGCGGAUGGCUGAGACGCCCAACGGCAGAAUUGCCACCCCACUUCUGUGCUGGUUUCGAUAUGUGCUCUAUGCUACCGGCUACUUAGUACUUAAACCAUGUCCAGAAAUAAUAAAGUCCUUCCUAAUCAAAAAAGCCCUUGAAAGACUGAGCUUCACCUGUGAAAUUCCUUUGGAGAACCUUCUUCAACCAUUCUGCCUGGCGAAUGCUGCCUACCUUGGGAGCCAAGAAAUGAUACAAGUGAGAAAGAGAGAUGAUGAAGCCAUUAAGGAACUUUUACCUAAGCUGACGUUUUACUACGGUAAAACAGAUGGCUGGUGUCCAGUGAAGUAUUAUGAAGACAUGAAGAAAGACUUCCCAGGCGGCGAUAUCCGACUCUGUGAGAAAGGAAUAUCUCAUGCUUUUGUCCUCGGUUUCAGCCAGGAGGUGGCUGCCAUAGUUGCUGACUGGAUGAAUAAUAAACUGCCCAAAAUAUAAACACUGGCUCAGGGAAAAUGCACCUACAUUCAAUACAGAGAAGGCGUAGGUGUGCCCUGUUUGGUGAUAAUGUUUAAUCUAAAUGCUUGAAAAGGACUUUGAGACCCUCGGCUGCAGACGACCAGCGCUCAGCUCCCUGUGCUAAGACCGAAGUGAGCACAGUUGAUGACUCAUUCCACACGUUCCCCGACUCAGGAGACACAGUGACCUCCACAAGGAUUCCUCUCUUCACAAGGAGCCCGACAGCACUGCCCAGCACAGUUUGCCCAACACAAUUCUGCAAGCUGAAGAGAAUCUGAAUAUCGGGGAUUCUGACCAGAUUAUCACUUUAGAAUAGAUUGUCCUGAAUGAAAUUAUGAAACACUUCCUAGAAAAUAGAAACCACCCAUGAACGUGAAGUGGGCAGUCAGUCAUGUGAAAUGAGUAAGACGGAGACAAGCUCACCCUCCACGUCCAGUUGCAGGGAGGAAUGGGCAGAGGACGCUGGCAGUGAACUUGGGUUUCCUUCAGGCAUUGGGGAAAAUCAGUUCUGACUUUGUACAGGUCUUGGCUGAGGUCAUCAGCAUGUCUUCCUGAUCCUCCUGCAGUGAAACAAGAAUCAAGGUUGCCUGAUAUUGAUGAACUCACUAAAGAGAGUUGCUGAAGGAUCCUGACUCUGACCUGUUACAGAAUGGCCAGCAGGUUCUUCCUGGGCCCUAAAAUGCCAAGUCCCUGCAGCCUCCUCUGGAACAAAACAGGAGGGAUGGACUGUCCACGUCAGAUUUGUACGGCCAUGGAGUAGCUCAUCCGUGUGGUUUUUCCAGUGAAGCGCCAUGGACAGGAGGCAGUGAACCACUGAUGCUAUUCGUGGUGGCUUUUGCUACUCUAUGAUUCUUCCUUUCUGAAAAUCUCCCAGCACAUAAUUUUUGGAAAGGUGUUUUAAAUUGUUGAGUAAAACAUUAACAAAUUAAUUCCCCAUUUGCUUAAACUUUACUGACUGGAAACAUCACUUUAUGAAUGAAUUUCGUAUUACUUCACCUGUGGAAGCACAGGUGGCUGAGAAGUGGAGGGACAGCUAGGCUGCCUCCCUUAAUUGACUCAAUCCUAAGCUCCCAGAGUCCAGUGAAGCCCACUGUCUGUAGUGGCAGUGACAGUUGACGCACAAUUGGAAACAUUCCAUUUUUUCUAGAGAAGUGUUCUUGUGGCAGUAUCGUUCCUCAGGCAGUGAGGCGGUCCUUCCUCUCACAAACAUGGAUUCUGAGGACAGCCUUGGUUCUUAAGUGCCGCCAGCUCUGUGGUGAGGGAUGGCUGAAUUCUCAUCCUUUGCAUAGCUGCUGCAUUGGAGCUGCAGCUUCUCGGAGGGGAAAAGCCAAACUCCAGACAAGGAGGGCUCUUAGUCCAUGAAGAAGUCCAGUAGCUACACAGUGAGGGUUGGUGCUACACACAAAUACUGUAUCUGCACGCGGAAUCCUUCUGGAGAGCUGGCCUGGGAAGCCAGGCUUCCUGCUCUGAGUGCCUUGCUUAUAGGAUGGGUCCACUCAGUGCUGGAAAUGAAUGCGUGGAAGCAAGUGCUGGCAGAUCAGACUCACGGAACAACACAACCUUCAUAGAUUCCUUUCAGAAAUUACAUCACUCUGUGUUUCCAAAUUCUACUUAAAACACUCUGGUGCCUCAUCCCUGUUCUUCAUUGAAACACCUAAUGAUAUUUAUAAUCAAUGUUUUCCUGCAGUUACUGCUGUGUCUGGUCUGAUCUCUGUGUGCUGUGAGCAAGGAUAUAAUGUAAGCAGUUGGCCUAAGCUACACUCACUGUUAGAGGGAAACAGUUCUUUGACAUUGCACUCCUUAAAGAGGGAAGAACCAAGCUUCAGGGUCCUGAAUCCUUAGGAAUUACAGAGACGCUGGAGAGAUAGCUCAGUGGUGAAGAUCACUAACUGCUCUUCCAGAGGACCAGGAACCCAUAGACCAAUUCCUACCACCCCAUGUCAGCUCACCACAGUCUGCACCUCUUGUCUCAGAGGUUUUGACGCCCUUCUCUGGCCUCCCUGAGCACCAGGUAUGCACUUGGAGACCAUCUUGAAGUACAUGGCAAGCACUGUGUCAAAGAUAGAAGGAGGAAGAGAAGAGAGCAGAAGACAAAAUUUUUUAGCUAGUGAAUGAGAUCUGUUUCCCAGUAGCUGUGCCUGUGUGUUCCACUUAGCCACAUGGCAGUCACUAUGGUCUUUAUAGUGCUUCUUAUAAAACUGUCUAGUGCUGUGUGAAAAGCUUUACUUGGAAGCUUGAUCAGUGCCCAUGGUGACUCCUCAUGCCACGAAAGAAGGCAGCUCAUGUGGGCGCGUGUCUGGGGUUUUUCCAAUCCUUGGACAGCCAGACUUGUCCUUUGUUUUGAUUUUUCCCUCCUACUUAUAUUAAAUCUGUAACAAUUCAGACUAAAGCAGUGUGACCAACUAACAUGAUCCCUGACUCUAGAUUGAAAUUUUUUACUAUAAAAUAAAUUUGGAAACAAUUGGAUGAU